AUGACAAACUUGAGGGACGCACCGAGUGAACCUCUCAAAUCGGCCGUCUUCGCUCUCGGUAGCUUCUGGAGAUCUGAAGCCGUCUUCGGCUGCUUGGACAGCGUCGUGCGAACCACAGUUGGAUAUUCCGGCGGAUCUAAACCCAAUCCUGAGUACCGAAGCUUAGCCGAUCACGCUGAGUGCGUCCAGGUGGAAUACGAUCCCAGGCUGAUUAACUACAGGCAACUGCUGGAUGUUUUCUGGUCGAGUCACGAUUCAAGAUCCGGGAGACGAUUCGUCGCUCGCGAGUGCGACAGUCGCACCGCUUGA